AGUCGCACGGCCACUGACGAAGUAGAGACUAGGGAUAGUUGAGAGCACACUGCUCGCAGUCACAUUAAACUGGAAAGCCACGUUGAGCCUGGCCGGCAUCAGGCAGCGCACCCGGCCCACGACACAGUAGCCGGGGAGAAGAGGAAGAGAGUCUGUGAAACGUGUUAGCGAGGCAGUGAAGCUCAGCAACAAUGUCCGGGGUAAAAAACAGACAUUCGAACUCCUCGUUAAGCAAGGAGGAGGACCAGCAAGUGACGGAGAGGAUGCUGGGCAGCGGUACGGAGAAGGGGGACGCCACAGCCGGGAGCCCCGCCAAAAAGGCGGCGGGCGAGGAAACAGUCGUGUUAAAGAGAACCAUCACCCUGACGAACGGCGUGGCCAUCAUCGUGGGCACCAUCAUCGGCUCCGGCAUCUUCGUCACGCCGUCCGGCGUGGUGAAAGAGUGCGGCUCCGUGGGUCUGUCCCUGGUGGUGUGGGCGGUGUGCGGGGUCUUCUCCACCGUGGGAGCGCUGUGUUACGCGGAGCUGGGGACCACCAUCAGCAAGUCAGGGGGGGACUAUGCCUACAUCUUGGAGGUGUACGGCUCCCUGCCGGCUUUCCUGAAACUCUGGAUUGAGCUGCUCAUUAUCCGCCCGUCCUCCCAGUACAUAGUCGCUUACGUUUUCGCCACCUACCUCAUCAAGCCGCUGUUCCCCGUGUGCCCGGUACCGGAGACCCCGGCUAAACUCGUGGCCUGCCUUUGCAUCCUGUUGUUGACAUUUGUGAACUGCUACAGUGUGAAGGCAGCCACCAGAGUCCAAGACUUCUUUGCUGUGGCCAAGCUGCUGGCUCUUGGCCUUAUCAUCAUCAUUGGCUUCAUCAAGAUUGGCCAAGGUGAGGUUGAUUCUCUUCUCCCAGAAAAUUCCUUCAAGGACUCCAAAUAUGAGUUUGGUAAUAUUGGACUGGCGCUCUACAGUGGCCUUUUUGCCUACGGUGGCUGGAAUUACUUGAAUUUCGUCACAGAGGAGAUGAUCGAUCCUUACAAAAACUUGCCUCGAGCCAUCAUCAUCUCUUUGCCAAUUGUGACAGCGGUGUACGUCCUCACCAAUCUGGCGUACUUCACCACCCUCUCCCCAGAACAAAUGUUCAACUCGGAGGCUGUGGCUGUGGAUUUUGGCAAUACCCACCUGGGUCCGAUGGCAUGGAUCAUCCCGGUGUUUGUGGGGCUGUCCUGCUUUGGUUCAGUCAACGGUUCUCUCUUCACGUCAUCCAGGUUAUUCUUUGUGGGCUCACGGGAAGGUCACCUGCCCUGUCUGUUGUCAAUGAUCCAUCCAACCCUGAUGACCCCACUUCCUUCUCUUCUAUUCACUUGUCUGAUGACGCUGCUCUACGCCUUCUCCAGCGACAUCUUCUCUGUCAUCAACUUCUUCAGCUUCUUCAACUGGCUUUGCAUUGCCAUGGCGAUUGUUGGGAUGAUGUGGCUCCGUUAUAAGAAGCCUGACCUCGAACGGCCAAUAAAGGUUAACAUUCUGCUUCCGGUGUCAUUCGUGCUCGCCUGUCUCUUCCUGAUCAUCGUAUCCUUCUGGAAGACACCGAAGGAGUGUGCAAUCGGGUUUGGCAUCAUUGCCACUGGUUUACCCGUCUACUUUGUUGGUGUGUGGUGGAAGAACAAACCCAAAUGGCUGCUGAAUGGAAUAUUCUCAACCACGGUCUUUUGUCAGAAAAUGAUGGAGGUGGUGCCUUAGGAGUGUGGACUGCAUUCACCAUCACUCCAACUCUGACCUCUGACGUUUCAGCUGACAAAUGUCUUCACCCCCCAUGAACCUUUUCACUCACUCUUGUCUCUUGUCACACAUUUAGUUCGGAUGAGGAUUUGACUACAUCUUUUGUUUUUUUUUAUUAUUGGGGAAAAAUAAUAAUCCAUUGAUUUAUUACUAUUUUUAAUAGUCAGUUUAUGCAUGCAUAUAUACACAUAUAUACAUAGUGUAUGUGUGUGUGUAUGUAUGUAUAUAUACAUAUAUUAAUAUACAGUACAGGCCAAAAGUUUGGACACACCUUCUCAUUUAAUGCGUUUUCCUUAUUUUCAUGACUAUUUACAUUGUAGAUUGUCACUGAAGGCAUCAAAACUAUGAAUGAACACAUGUGGAGUUAUGUACUUAACAAAAAAAGGGGAAAUAACUGAAAACAUGUUUUAUAUUCUAGUUUCUUCAAAAUAGCCACGCUUUGCUGUGGGGUUUUUUUUCCGCACACUCUCGGCAUUCUCUCGAUGAGCUUCAAGAGGUGGUUUUCACUUCACAGGUGUGCUUGAAGCUCAUGGAGAGAAUGCCAAGAGUGUGCAAAGCAGUAAUCAGACAAAAGGGUGGCUAUUUUGAAGAAACUAGAAUAUAAAACAUGUUUUCAGUUAUUUCACCUUUUUUUUUUAAAUACAUAACU